AUGAGUUUGAGACACAUGGAGAAUAUGCCUUUACAUCAUGAAAGCCCUCCAGGAGCACAGAGGCCACGCUGGAAGCCAUGGGUCUUCUCAGCACUGGUUAUUGUGCUACUAGUCUGUUCCUUCAGCACAGUAAUUUUUCUUUUUCUUCCCCUACAGGCAGUCAGUGAGCCCUGUGUAGCUAAGUUUGGACCAUUGCCUUCAAGAUGGCAAAUGGCAUCUCCUGAGCCUCCUUGCGUGAGUCAGAUAGCUGACUGGAAGCUGAAGAUACUUCGGGAUGGCUUGUAUUCCAUUUAUGGUGAAGUGGCUCCCAAUAAAACCUACAAGGAACCAGCUCCUUUUGAAGUGCGGCUGCGUAAAAACAAAGGCAUCAUACAAGUUCUAACAAACGACGCUACAAUCCAGAAUGUAGGAGGGACUUAUGAGUUGCAUGCUGGAGAUAUAAUAGACUUGAUCUUCAAUGCUGAACAUCAGGUUCUAAAGAAUAAUACGUACUGGGGGGUCAUACUGCUAGCCAAUCCCCAAUUCAUCUCCUAG